GCAGCUCUUCCCUGAUACGUCCCAGGCUGGGCUCCUGAGUUCCAGCCCCACUGCAGGAUUCCUGUGUGCUGGCUGCGGGGAGAAGGAACCAAGAAAAUGUGCAUGGACAUUUCCAUCCCGCUGGUUCUCACCGUCUACAUCUUCACCUUCGUGAUCGGCCUCCCGUCCAACCUCCUGGCCUUCUACACCUUCCUGGUGAAGGUCCGACAGAAACCCACCCCUGUCGACAUCCUUCUGCUCAACCUCACCAUCUCCGACAUCUUGCUCCUCAUCUUCCUCCCCUUCAAGAUGGUGGAGGCUGCCUCCGGCAUGGAGUGGCACUUGCCCAAGUUCCUCUGCCCACUCAGCAGCUUCAUCUUCUACAGCACCAUCUACAUCAGUUCCCUCUUCCUCAUGGCCAUCAGCGUUGAGCGCUACUUGAGGGUGGCCUUCCCCAUCAAGUACAAGCUACGGCACCGGCCAGCCUAUGCCAUCGCCGCCUCCGUGUUUUUUUGGGUUGUGGCCUGCAGCCACUGCAGCAUCGUCUACAUUGCCCAGUACAAAGACAACUCGAGCUCUUCAUCCAAUGGGAAGUUCUACUGCUAUGACAAUUUCACCAAUAUACAGGAGAAGGUCGUCCUCCCUUUCCGGCUGGAACUCUUCAUCGUCCUCUUCUGCCUCCCCUUCACUAUCACCGUCUUCUGCUACGUCAACUUUGUCCGCAUCCUGCUGACCUUGUCCAACAUCCCUGCCCAGAGGAAGCACCGUGCUGUGGGCCUGGCUGUGGCCACCUUGGUCAACUUCAUAGUCUGCUUCGCCCCCUACAACCUGUCCCAUGUCGUGGGCUUUGUGCAGCACAAGAGCCCCUGCUGGAGAGUUUACGCUCUUCUCUUCAGCACCCUCAAUGCCUCGUUAGACCCUGUCAUCUUCUACUUCUCCUCCACCACUGUCCAGCGGGCCUUCGCCAAAUGCCUGGCCAGCCGGAGGCACAAACUCAGCGCCUUGACUUGCUGCAGGGAAGUGGACAGCAAGGGGGACAUGGCCAGUGAGGACAAGGUUGAGGAAUCAAUGACAUGA